AUGUUGGAUGGUAAAGAUGAAUGCUUAGAUAUUGAUGAUGAAAAUGAUCCUCUUGAUGUUGAUGUUGAUGCUGAUGAUAAAGACGAUCUUGAUGGUGAUGAUGACGAUGAUGAUGCUAGAGUGCAGAGCGUAAUCAUUGUAAAAUUCGAGGAAAAAAUCGUUAAAAAAAAAGUUGCUAAUAAUAAAGCAACUAAGUAUUGA